AUGGCACCUCCCCCAAUGGCAACCCCAGCUCAAUCCCAAGCCUUCUCCAUACCCGAAAUCUUCGAACUAAUCCUCUUAAACCUGGACACCCGCACCCUCCUCACAAAGGCAAGUCGCGUUUGCCGUGACUGGACUCGAUUCAUCAACUCCUCCCCACCCAUCCAACGGGCUCUCUUCUUCAAACCCCUCGGCAAUGUACUGAAUAAACCGACAAUGGAGAACCCGAUGCUCGCAGAGGCGUUCCCGUCGCUUUUCCACCAGAUACCCGCAACAGGUGAUGACGAUACAAAUCACAAUGGCCGUACAGAGCGUCUUCUUCCCCUUGUUACCUUCACUACUUUCGAUUUUAUCCGCAGACCGCAUAUGUUGGAUGCAUACAUGCGACCUGAGGCUAGCUGGCGCCGGAUGUUGGUUCAGCAGCCUGCUGUUCAUACGCUGACGUUUCUGCGUGUUAAUUAUGGACACGGUGGGCAGAGUUUGUGUCAUUAUGAGGUGUGGUCUGCAGACUAUCAGAAGGAGUUGGGCGGCGGGUUGCGGAUGGAGACACUCUUCGAAGUGCUGAUUUUCGAGGAAUCCUGGACUCAAUUUGAAUGCCCGAAUACGCGGGUGUUCUGGAGAUUGGAGGACCUGGGUGAAAGCACUCAGAGGGAGAUGCAGCUUCAUGGUGUAGGGGAUCUGGGAUUGGUGCUCCGUACUGAUUUCGGAGUAUGUUGGCAACGUGACAGUAGUGAAGCGGCCCCGGAGCAUGAUGCGGUGAAGAAUGUUAGGAAGAAGUAUCGCGAGUUGGGAAUGACGCCGAAGUACUGGAAAGAGUCAUGGGUGUUGGAGCGGAAAACUUGGGGGUCACUUUGGAAUUAG